AUGUCCUCGCAGCAGGAACGGAAGCGGACCAUUUAUGUGGGCGGGUUGGGUGAAGGCGGGGUCUGCGAUCCCGCCGUGUUGUUGCGACACUUUGCACCUUUUGGGGAGAUUGUGGACGUCGUGACGCCAAAGCAAGGUGAGCUCAACUUUUUCCGCUGCCGUCCACUUCUCGGGUGCAGUCGUGGCAAAGACUGUCAAGCAGGAAACGCUGACGCUGCUCUGCUCCACCCCGCAUCCUCGUGCAGAGGGAGCCAAUCGGGGGUUCGGCUUCAUCACAUUCUCGACUGUAGAGGAGGCAAUGGACGCUAUAGACAACAUGCAUCUCAAUGAAGUGGAAGGUGUAAGUGCUCGUAUCUGCUGCUAUCACUUAGAAGCCGAACUCGCAAGCUUACGAGGCUCCUUGCAGCGCAUCAUCAACGUCAACAUCGCACGCGCACCAAAGGCUUCUGCAGCCGGCGGUGUGAACAGGCCAAUAUGGGAAGAUGAGGUGAGUUGCUCCUCGCAAAGUGAGAGGGAGAGCGGUGUACUCUGCGAUGCUUCGCCAAAACGUUGGCCAGAAGGCGUGCCGGCUGUGCCGGUGCAUUUGACUUACCGAACCUUCUCUUCACCUCGCAGGAGUGGAUCAAAGAGAAUGCUGCGCCGCUACCUGGGGGUGUGCCGGAUGCGGCCGCACCUGAGCUGAACGCCGAGGCAUGA